UAGAGACAGCUGAUUAUUACUAUUCCGGCAUGUUAAAAACAUAAUUAUGUAUUGAAUUUACUUCGAACUUGAGUGACCCUGUAUAUGAUUAAGUAUCGCAGCAAAACGCACCUGAUUAAGAAAUGAAAGUAUCGAUUAGUUAUGUCGAAUUUAGUUAGACGCCUUGCUUGGAAUUUACUUUUGGAACUCAGAAUUUCAAACAUAUUAACUCAAGCUUAGAAUGGCAAAAAUGGCUUUUCAACAUCAGGCCGGAACGGCCAUGGAAUGUUUGAGUAUUCCAAUAACGCUUCAUAAAGAAAAAGAAUACGAUAUAGACGGCCGAGAAAUAUUGAAAUGUGGGUUUAAAAUAGGAGGUGGCAUAGACCAAGAUUUUAGGAAAAGCCCACAGGGAUAUACUGAUUAUGGCAUUUAUGUUACUGAAGUUCAUGAAAAGAGUCCGGCGUCUAGGGCAGGCUUGCGCAUCCAUGACAAAAUAUUACAGUGCAAUGGCUAUGACUUCACAAUGGUAACUCAUAAAAAGGCUGUUAGCUACAUUCGAAAAAAUCCAAUUUUAAAUAUGCUUGUUGCAAGAAAAGGUGUAACUUCCACGUAACUUAUUGCUUAUCACUGAAGUUAAAACAACCAAAAUUUGUGUAGGUGAUAAAAUUAUAUAUAUACUUUAUUAUAUUUAAAUAUAAGUCCGAAAAGUAUAAAUUAGAGAUGAAUUAUAUUGUCAAGGCCAAUUACAUUGCAAGACAGGAAUAUGACCGUAAUUGAAUUAGGCUUCAAGUUGGAAUUCUACAGUUAUUAUUUUAAACGCACGGUUCAAAUAUACGCACGAAGAUAACGCGCACAGUUAUGUAUAAUAUAGGCGCGAAGAUGUUUUAAUAGUUUCGGAAGAACUUCGUUCAUUGUCAAAAAAUGGCUGCAAUUUGUUACAAGUUAUAGUGUGGUGGUGCGCACCGAACAAUAUCUAAGUUUUGCCAACUUUCAGCUUCCAAAAUGCAUGCCAAUUUCAUCGGGUAGUAAUCAACAAAAUGUUACAGAGAAUACAAGAAGUGUUUUUUAUGGCGAAGAAAUUUUCCAUAAUGGAUAUUUGGUUGGGAUAUUGAAGCUUCUUGCUUUAAGGGGUUAGGUGGGUUUGAAAAUUUCAAAAAAUCGAUUUUUUAUUUUUUGUCUUAUUAAAUAGUAUAAUAUGUUUAAAAUAUUCUCCUAAAAUUUCAAAUUGAUCCGAGUAAAAUUCUACGAGAUAGACCCUUCAGAAGUUCCGCCCAUCAGGCCAUGUCAGUGCAGCGUUUCGCAGGUAUACGCGUUUAUCUCAAAACUUGAUUUUUUAAGUCGGUGGACACGAUUUCUCGAAAAGUUAUGAAGCGAUUUUGUUCAAAUUUUGCACACAUCUUUGGAAUAACAUUAUCAAGUUAGUGAACGAAGGAUUUUUUUUUAUUUUUAUUACAACUAAUUUUUUCGACCAACACAUGACGAAAAUUUGACCAAAAAAUGUGUUUUUUUGUUCAAAGUCUGUCAAAAAUUCAAAUUAAAUUUUAUUUUUUUUUUCUUCGUCCAGUAACGAGAUUUAUCCAUGUACUAACGAAAUAUUUUUGGUUUUUUGAUUUUAAAUGAACCAAUAAUGAGUUAUGCUGUCCACGGCAAGAGCAUUUUUUUGUGAGACGUUAAGGGAGAUGAGAUACCAACGGCUGAGUUUUCGGAAUUUUUAAAUAAAAAUUUCACAAAAUACUGUUUAAAUAUGUAUCUUUGAUAUGCUGAAUUGUUGAAAUAAAAAAUAUGAUUGUAUAUAUUAAAAAAAAAAUAGUAAAAAUACCCUUUUUUUGAACCUCUGUAACCCACCUAACCCCUUAAAGCAUCAAUUUCCAAUAAUUUUUUCUUAAGUUUUUCCCAACUUGUUUCUACGGAAAAGUUCGCAAUAAAUACGUGUCCGACGUCACACAGUUAAUACCCAAAAUUCGAAAAUUUUUAAGUUUGUUUCGUUUUUUAAUCUGAAGCUAGCAAACAAAAAAUCAUGUAUAGUAAACACUUGCAUAUCAUUUAGUGGUGAGGAUUUUAGUGCUAUUGAACACUUUUUGAUUGUUGAAUUUGAUGUUUUGAGCGAUCAGAUCUAAUAUUUUACUUAUUUUGGGGUUAUGUAAGAGUAAUGAAUCUACUUCUCUCAACUCUUCUUAACAUUUAAAAACUUUAUAAAUUUUUAAAAUCCUUUGAAUUUACUGAAUACGAAUUAAAACCAUACAGGUGUAUUCAUAGUAAAACAAAAGAAAUAGCAGACAAUACUGGAGAAACCAUAACGACCUUAUCUUGAUACAUAACUUCAAAUAUAGCAAAAAGUGUUCUCCGGCCCUUAUUUUUUAAGAAAUUAUCUUAACAUAAGUUUUAAAUACAAUGAUAGAUUUUUAAAACUGUUUUUUCAAUACACUGUAACGACAACACAUUUAUUAAAAAAAAACGAACACAGAAAAGACAUUUUAUAACGCAUACAAAGUUCUUUAAGUAAUUUAAUAAAAAUUUGGUAUUUUCUUUUCUUGAAA